UUAGGUGAGACCGGGCAACGGCGAGAGCUCACUUAUGGACCUUUUAUGACGGCCGCUCAACAACACGUCUUCCUCUACCACCUGCACUUCCCUCUAUAAACAUCCGUACCUCGCCCUCCUCCUCGACCAGCCGCAGUGCCCCCCAUGGGAUCCCCUGCAUCCAAGCAGCACGUAGCCUUCGUUGCAUUCCCAUUCGGUUCCCACCCGGGAGCCAUCUUCCCCGUCGCACGCGCCGUCGCCGCCGCUGCCCCCUCCGCCGUCGUCUCCUUCCUCGCCACCGCCCGGGCCCUCGCCUCCCUCCCCGCUGCCGACGAUACCCCGAACCUCCGUUUCGUCCCCGUCGCCGACGGCGUCCCUGACGGAUCUCCGCCGCCGCGGGAAGUCCUCGAGCUGAUCGGCCUGUUCCUGGAGGCGACGCCGGGGAACCUGAAGGAGGGGAUUGCGGCGGCGGUGGCGGGCGCAGGCGGCGCGCCGGUGAUUUGCGUCGUGAGCGACGCGUUCGUGUGGAAGUCCGGGGAGGUGGCCGAGGAGAUGAGGGUGCCGUGGGUCCCGCUGUGCCCGGGCGGCACCGCGGCGUUGUCCGCCCAUCUCCACACCGAUUUGCUCCGCCGAAAGCUCGGGGUUGGCGACCAAGCUUUAGCUGGCCGCGAGGAAGAUCUCCUCGACUUCAUCCCCGGCCUCUCCGUGCAUCGAGUCCGCGAUCUCCCCGAAGGAGUCGUCACCGGCCCACUCGACUCCCCCUUCUCCGUCCUCCUCCACCGCAUGGCCGACAGGCUCCCCAAAGCCGCGGCCAUCGCCUUCAACACCAUUCCAGGCCUUGAACCCGCCAUCGAGGAGAGCUUGGCCACGGUGUUUCCCAAGCCCUUCAUCAUCGGCCCCUUCCACAUCCUGGCCCCGCCCUCCGCGCCCGCACCCGAUCCGAACCGCUGCCUCCCUUGGCUCGACCGACACCGCCCCGAUGCGGUGGCAUACGUCAGCUUCGGCUCCAUCAUGACCCCGCCGCCCGCAGAGCUGGCCCAGCUGGCGGAGGGCUUGGAGGCGAGCGGCGUCCCCUUCAUCUGGUCACUGAAGGAGACGGCUCGGGAGUGCCUGCCGCCGGGGUUCUUGGAGCGGACCAAGGAGAGGGGGAUGGUGGUGGGCUGGGCGCCGCAGCUGGCGGUGCUGGAUCACCCGGCGGUCGGAGCGUUCCUGACGCACUGCGGGUGGAACUCGGUGCUGGAGGGGAUCGUCGCCGGUGUGCCGAUGGCGUGCCGGCCGCUCUUCGGGGACCACCGGAUGAUCGCCAGGUCGAUGAUGCUCGCGUGGGGGAACGGCAUCGGGUUCGAAGGCGAGGCGAUGACGAAGGACGGGGUGUUCAAGGCUUUGGACGCGUUGCUGAGAGGAGAAGAGGGGAAGAGGUUGAGGGCGCGAGCGGCGGAGCUGAAGCAGAUGGCCAACAAAGCGGUGGCGCCCGGCGGGACCUCCACCAAAAACUUCGCUUCGCUACUGGAUUUCCUUCUGCCUGAAAUUAAAUUAAACUCUUAAUUGUGUGUUUACAGUAUGAAUAAUGUGUGAUUAUUGAAUUCCAAGA